AGAAAGAAAAAGGGAGAAAAGAAAACAAUUGGCGAAAAAGACAGAAGAACGAAAAAGAGGAAGAACGGAGGCGAGCCGCGAGAGCGAGCGGCGACUUCCCUCGCCAUUUCCCACUUUGACUUCCUUUUCUUCUUUCUUUUUCCUUUGAUUUUCUCCCAAGGAAAAUAAAAAAAGGAAAACGCGGAAGGAGAAAGAAGGAAAAAAACAGCGGGAGCAACGAAAAACAAAAGAAAUUCAAAGAUCAAAAUUCCGAAUUUCUCCCGAUUAGUUUGACCUCCCCCGCAACCGCUUCUCGCCAAACACCAUUCUCCUCUCCUUCUUCUUCUUCUUCUUCUUCUUCUUCUUCGUGGCUUCGUUUCCUCAGCUCUCGCUUCCGUCGUCGUUCUCCGUGAGUUGGAUUCCCGUCCGUCGUCCCCUGCGUCGCCGAUUACGCCAUGGAAAGAACGGAAGACCUCGGCAAGUGAAUUUUUCGUGACGAACAUGAUUGUUGCUGUUUUGAUUUCUCGCCACCAUGCGCUGGCCAAGCCUAUCCGCGUUCUCCUCCUCGUCCGCGCCUUCCUCCUCCGUAACUUCGCCUAAACCCGCCGACGACGAGGCCGCGUUUCAAAAGCACCACGGCAACAAGAAGCAUGGCCAGAACCUCCGCAGCAACACCUUCGGCUUCCGAUUCAAUUCCAGCCCCGACGCCGCCCCCAAGCUCACCCGCCAGCGCAAGCUCCGCCAUCUGACCGACAAGGAUGUCGCCAGCAGCGACGGAGUCCCUGCCUCAUCCAAAUCGUCGCCGCCGGAGCCGCUCAAGCUCUCGCGGUCUCACAGCACUUCCUCGUCGCCGCCGAGGAUCUCCACCAAGGCGCCUACCUCCCCUGUCCCCCUCCCCGUGCCUCUCCCGCUGCCGCAGAAGUUGCGGGGCGAGAAUCUCCACGCCGCCGGCGAGGCCGACUCGCGGUUGCGGUCUCCCAAGGAGAAGGAGCACGAUUCUUCCAGGGAGAGAAGUAACGGCGGUGGAAUCGGCACCUCGCUCUCCACUUCCGCGCCUUGCAGUACGGGGAACAAUCAUAGUGUAUUGGUUGGUCGAGAAACAAAGAAGACGGCAGAGCAGCAGCACCAGGAGCCGAGGUCAAGUACAGCGACGGUUGCUGGUCUAGAUUUAAACAAUUUUAGGCAUGACAAAGCCGCUAAGAGUACAUCUAUGAGUCCCUACGCAAGUCCCGAAAUAAGUCCACAGAGGAUAAGCCAUGCUUUCAUCACAUCUCCAUACCACAACCUGAUUCCAAACGGGAAGCAAGGUUGGUCUGCACCGGAGAUGUCAUCGUUAGAUAUACCAGGGCUCCCACCGCCAGCAUAUUUCGAUUUGAGUAGUGAUAGUUCGCCCCUUCAAAGCCCGGCACCAAACGGAAGUCCUCCAUCUCCUGUGACUGCUAGAACUUCGUUUGAGACUUCAGCUGCUAGGCCACGUGACAGCAAUGCAGGUGUAGAGGUUCACAAGUUGCCUCUCCCCCCUGGAGCAAAUCUGCUGAUAUCUCCAACUCUAACUCCGGCGGCUGCAGCUGUGGUUCCUCCUGUUGCUCCUGCAGCUACUGCUGCUAAACAAGAGUAUGUGCCCAUGAAAAGUCAGUGGCAGAAAGGGAAGCUUAUUGGACGUGGCACGUUUGGAAGUGUGUUUGUUGCCACCAACAGGGAAACUGGGGCCUUAUGUGCGAUGAAGGAGGUUGAUAUGUUUCCGGAUGACCCAAAAUCUCAAGAGUGCAUAAAGCAACUAGAGCAGGAAAUUAAAGUUCUUAGCCAGCUGAAGCAUCCAAACAUUGUGCAGUAUUAUGGUAGUGAAAUAGUGAGUACCUCCCCUGCUGUGUUUUUAUUUUAUCUUCAGGUAUCUGCUUGGUUUCUCUGUUUGAGUAAUCAACGGUUUAUUAUGCAGGUUGAGGACCACUUUUAUAUAUAUUUAGAGUACGUUCAUCCCGGGUCAAUCAAUAAAUAUGUCCGUGAUCAUUGUGGAGCUGUAACAGAAUCAAUUGUUCGUAGUUUUACCCGCCAUAUCCUCUCUGGAUUGGCAUACUUGCAUACCAUGAAGACAGUACACAGGGACAUAAAAGGAGCAAAUUUACUUGUGGAUGCAUUUGGGGUAGUAAAACUAGCAGAUUUUGGGAUGUCAAAACAUCUUACUGGACAAGUAGCUGAACUUUCAAUGAAGGGGAGUCCUUACUGGAUGGCACCAGAGCUUAUGCAAGCUGUUAUCCAGAAGGAUCAUAACUCUGAUCUUGCACUUGCUGUUGACAUUUGGAGCUUAGGCUGUACGAUCAUCGAAAUGUUCACUGGGAAACCUCCUUGGAGUGAGUUUGAGGGUGCUGCAGCUAUGUUCAAAGUAAUGAGGGACACUCCACCUAUACCCGAAACAUUGUCAGCAGACGGCAAGGAUUUCCUUCUUUGGUGCUUCAAAAGAAACCCUGCAGAGCGGCCUUCUGCUAGCUUGUUACUAGAACAUCGGUGGUUGAAACAGCUGCAUGAUGCUCUUCCCUCAUCUACCCCACAAAUUAAUGGCACUAAACCAAUGGACACUAGCCGUAGCCUUAGAGUAACCGAUGACAAGACUAGUAGGGCCGGACCAAUGAUUCCUCAACUUCCAACCUCACGAAGCUCCAAGGGAAAGUUCAUCUCCGAAAACUCCCCGAUGUUAAAUACUCGUGCAGUCCAGCAAGAGCGCCCGAUGAUCUCAUGAGACUUCCAACCCCUUGGCAGUAUAGUCUUCCCCUGUUUUGUUGUGGGCAAAGUUCUCAAUAUACAACUGCAAACGAACUCGGUCGAAUCACCGAAGCAAGCCUCGUCCUAGUCUAUUUUUUGCUUGGUGACGAAGUAGGCCGAGUAGAGGCAUCGAAAGAGACCCGUCCAGUUGCCAAAUUCACACUCGUAUCGUAUAUAUAAUUUUCUAAACCACUUUCAGGGCAUGAAUCUCAGCUUAGAUGAAGGCUUGUCCUGAUUGAUUGGUUUACUUGUACCGAGCUGCCGGUGGUGCGGUGAUAGUGAUCGCAAUGUCUUCUUGUUUGUAUGUAAUGUGUGUUAUAAGGCCCUAAAGAAGAAGAGGAAAAGGAAGGUGUCAUUUUGCCUCCCAUCUCCAUUGUUGUGUAGAGGAGGAGAACAGAUUGUAUAGAGGAAGAGAGUGUAGGAAAAAAGGAAGAGACUCGGGAAAACGUCGGAUUUCAUAUGUUAACAUGUGUUUGACAGUUUGAGUUUGGUCUCGGUCAGGUUUAUGGACUCUGGAUUUAAGUUGGGCCGAAACAACUACAACAGACUGGUGGAUCUUUUUCCAGGCCCAGUUAUUUUCUCAUUUAAUUAUGGCCAUAAGCAGAAAACUAUUUUACCCUUUCUGCCCGUCCUUUCCCCGCGAGUGUUAGAUUACAAGGCAAAAUCAUUAAACAAGAAUCAUGAAUAUGCGAAAUUCGAGG